GCAAGAGAGGGGCUGUGCUGAGGAGAGGAUGGACGAGGCUGCUUCCCGCGCCUGAGGGAAUCCGGGUCCCUCGGCUUCGAGUUUCACCUGCAAGUAAUAACUUUGGACACAGGACUGGAGGACCAGCGGCCAGUGAGCCAGCGGGACGAUCUUAGCCAUCCGCGCUUUUGCUUCUCACGCACUCAUCUCCUUCUCAGGAAGCCUGCGUUCGUUCGGGGAGGAAUGCUGGAGAAGGGCCGGGGAAUCAACGCUCAGGAAGUCUACUCUGGACACAGGAAGAUGCUCUAGAAGCAAGAAGCAGGAUACAAAUCCAAGAUAACUUUUAAAUUUGACUGUUGGAAUUUUCUACAAGAUAGUCCAAAAGGCCCAGGAGAAAAGAUUACAGGCAAGAGAACAAGAAGAAUCCAACUGGAACCCUGCCUAGUGAUGGUUUUGUAACAAAGGUCAAUUGUCAUAAAUAAAGGGCGGGGCCAGGCAAGCUGGUUGCCAAGGUUCCGGGGGCUUUCAUUCAGUUUCCCACCAGUGUGGGACAGCACUGUGGAUCAGUCCUUACUGCAUGUCAUGUCUCCACUCCACUUUGGCGCACGAAGGCUUCUUUUCACGUGGCAACUUUUGUGGCUGUUGGCCCCAGCUAGUCCCAUUCCAGAGUUCACUGGAAAUCCAGUCCAGUUGACUUCAGAGCCCUGGGUGCCAACCAAGCUCUGGUCUUGGCACCCUUCUGAUCAUUCACGUAAAGCUGCACAUACUCGAAUAUCCAAGACAGAUGCAGGGGGCGUUGAUUACCUGGGGUCCUCCGUUUCCUCAGAGGUAUUAUCCCCACUUGAAGAGUUGACUGACAGUUUACUUCCGUUCCAGGACCCCAGUACUUUUCAGGAGCUGAAACCAGAAUCUGAAGAGCUCAUUGUUCCCCAUAAGGAUCUGACCAACAAGCUGAUACCAACGGGGGAACAGCCAGAGGAUAAUUUAAUGCUAAAUGGGGAUCAAAAUCAGGCUCUCACUCUGCCUUCAGAAUUCAAAAGUACUACCAGUCUAGUCGGGGCUGCAGAUCAUCAGUUGUAUGAAAUACCUGUUCCACCGCUAGACAGCCAGAGUUCAAAAGCAACAACAUUCAUUGUUUCACCCAAGGAGUUGAAAGAUCUAGCUCAGCACAAGAAACUUGCUAAAGUGGUUGUUGGAAAACCUCAAUUUCAGAACCAAAUCAGGGAUGAUUAUUAUGAAGAUCUGAAUAUAAAUGAACCUCAUUCUUAUAACCUUCCUCUGCAGUCCCAGGAGAAUGCAGAGGAAGCUCCUGAGCACUUCGAGCAGGUUGAACUCUAUCAGAUGGAGACACAAACUCGAAAUCCAGAGAACUCCCAGCAGGAAGCUCCAGAUUAUUUCCCACAGUCCCCUGAGGAAGAUGAACCUUUAAUUCAAAAAGAAGACCCAGCUCACUAUCAACACCAUUAUACUUUGCCCACUAUUACAGGUAAGCCUGUAGAUAUAAAACUUAAAAUAACUUCUGAGCCUAUAAAGGUUGAGUCAUCUCUAUAUGAGGAGGAAACUCCAACUCAGACUCCAGGUCCUUUUGUUGAAGCCAAACUUUUUCCUAGCCAGCAACAGCAGCCAGCAGAAACUUCUGAGACUCCUGAGGAAGGUGAAUCUUCUGGAAUUGAUCUGGAAUCUUCAGUUCAUCCUCAGGAGGAUUCAGAGGAGAUAGGGCCCUUACCAACCCUGCAGGAAGAUCUAUCUCAACAUUUAGGCCCUGUUUUGGAGGAUGAAUCUUCUCUCAGUGAACUAGAGCAACCAGUUCAACUCUUUGAGUCUUCUGAGGAGGUUGGAUCAGGUUCUGAAAACCAGCCAGAAGCCUCAGUUCAGCCUACAGUGCUCCCUCUAGUAGAGCAAGAGAUUCUAUUUGGAGCUCCAGGGUCCUCUAUUGAGACUGUAAUUGAAACUCUACCAAUUCAUGAAAUUCAGCCAACUCAAAAUGAAGAUUAUGGAUAUCAGUUGCCAAAUGUUACAGUUAGACCCGUGGAUGUGGCCCUUACUGUAACUUCAGAGCCUGUCAAGGAGACUGAAUCUUUUCUAGCACCACAGGAAUUCCCAGUGCAUGCUUUAGAGUAUUCUAAUGAUGUGGAACCCUUUGUCAAUGAGGAGGAACCUCCAGUGCAGGCUCCUGAGACUCCUGGGGAGAGUCAAUUUGAAAGCCAGCUGGAGGUACCAGCUCAAGCAACAGAGUAUGAUGAAGAGUUUAAAACUUCUGCAACUGAACAGGAGCAACUAGCUCAAUUUCCAGAGAAUGAUGAAGUAACAGUUUUGCCCUCAAAUCACUAUCAGGCUCAACAUUCUAUCUUGUCAAAUGUGACUGAUCAACCUUUAGAUCUGGAUAUUACCAUAACAGAAAAACCCAUGGAGAUGGGAACUUCUCCUGUCUAUUAUGAUGCUGCAGCAGCUCCUGAAGAGGUUGAAUUCCUAUCAGAUCAACAAGGUGUUCUAUCUCAAUCCCUAGAACCUAUACUGUAUGAUCGUUUAAGCCAGCAAGAAUACACUACUGGAAUAUCACAGAUCUCUGAGGGAGGAGAACCCUUUCCAACCCAGCAGGAGACUCCAGAACAUAGUGUAGGGAUGCAUACAGAAGAGGUAGCACAACCUCCGGGUCACCACGAGGUGACAGGUCCACCCCUAGGUCAUGGUCAAGUUCAUUCUCCAGCAUUACAGAAUAUCCUAACUCAGUAUUCAACCUUCCCAGAAAAGGAUCAGCAUUCUCCAGUUGGUCUAGGGGUGCCAGGCCAUCUUGAAGAGUUUUCUGUGGAACCUUCUCCAAGUCAGCAGGAGAACUCAGCAUGGCAUUCAGUGACAGACAUGUUUCUUUCACCUGUAGAUCUACAAACAAUAUUCAGAAGUACACAAUCAAAAUCAUAUAAAACAACCAUUAAACAUGAGGACCUAGCACUUACCAUAACUCCAGAGCCCUCUCUGGAGGAUGGAUCUAUUCUGUUCCCACAGGAAGACCUACUUCAACCCAUAGAUUCCACUGGGCAAGGUGAAUUUUCACAUAUCAAGACCAGCACCCUUUCAAAACCUCCAUAUGUUUCCAACACCAAAUCUUCAGCAUUCCAAGAGACCAUGUCUGAGACAACAUACAACUCUAAACAGGUGGAUCUUUCUUCCACUCAUCUGAAAACCUCAGAACUACCUCCAGAUUACACUAUGGGAUUAGAACCUUCUCUAUAUCAGCAAAUUACCCAAUCUAGUCCUAAAAGCCUCCACGAGAAUCCAAAAUCAUUUCCAGUGCUAAAGCCCUCUGCAGCUCAGGCCUUAAAACCUCCUAGGAAGGAAAAACUUUCUCCAACCAAUAACAUGAUUCCACACCACCCUUCAAAACCACUGAAAAAUAUGGUAACUCACAUUCCAGCGCACAAAAUGACAGUUCCAAGACAGAUCCAAGAGGAUCAAGGUGAGUAUACAAUAUCAUCUAAUGGUUCAUUCCAGCCUUUGGACCUGGAAGUCACUUUAACUUCAGGAAUUAUUCCAGAGGUUAAGCAUAUACUACCAAAGAGAACUGUAAAUCCACAGACUUAUUCUCAAGUGAAAAUCUCACAUUCACAGCAUGUUGAGACUCAGCAUCCAAACUCAGAAACAACCACAGUUCAACCUUUGGAUCUGGAAUUUGCUAUAAAUCUGCAACCUACUCCUAAGGAGAACUUUGCUCAAACUUUCCAGGAUACCACAACUCAGAUGAUAGGGCCACCUAAAGAGGUUAUAGCUCAAGCUCCAGAACAUCAUGAGGGGACAAUUCCAAUACCAAUUCAGGAUCAAGCUGAGUAUUCAACUUUACCCACUGUCUCAUUCCAGCCAUUAGACCAGGAACUCACCAUAACUUCAGAGGCUAUCAGAGAGCCUCCUCAUCCUACAGUUCCACAGCAGACUAUAAUAGUUCAUCCUCCAGAGCACCCUUUGGUGAUACAUUCAGAACAAGUUUACACUCAGCAUCCAAACCCAACUGAAGCCAUAAUUCAACCUUUGGAUCUGGAACUUACCAUAACUCCACAACCUACUGCUGAGGGAGAACUUCCUCAAACUCUACAAGACAGCACAACUCAGAUCAUAGAACCACCUACAGUGGUUGUAGGUCCAGUCCCAAUCUAUGAGGAGGUGACAGUUCAAACAACAAGUCAGGAUCAAGCUGAGUAUCCACCUUCACCCACUGUCUCAUUUCAGUCCUUAGACCUGGAACUCACCAUAAGUCCAGAGGCUACCAGAGAGUCUUACCAUCCUUCAGUUCUACAGCAGACUACAAUAGUUAAUCCUCCAGAGCACCCUCUGGUGAUACAUUCAGAACAAGUUCACACUCAGCAUCCAAACCUAACUGAAGCGACAGUUCAGCCUUUGGAUCCUGAUCUUACCAUAACUCCACAACCUACUACUGAGGGAGAACUUCCUCAAACUCUACAAGACAGCACAUCUCAGAUAAUCAUAGAACCACCUAUAAAGGUUGUAGCUCUAGUCCCAGUCUAUCAGGAGGUGAGUCAGGAUCAAGCUGAGUAUACAACCUCAUCUACUGUCUCAUUUCAGCCAUUAGACCAGGAACUCACCAUAACUUCAGAGGCUAUCAGAGAGCCUCAUCAUCCUACAGUUCCACAGCAGACUAUAACAGUUCAUCCUACAAAGCACCCUCUGGUGAUACAUUCAGAACAAACUCAGCAUCCAAACCCAACUGAAGUGACAGUUCAACCUUUGGAUCUGGAACUUACCAUGACUCCACAACCUACUGCUGAGGGAGAACUUCCUCAAACUCUACAAGACAGCACAACUCAGAUCAUAGAACCACCUACAGUGGUUGUAGGUCCAGUCCCAAUCUAUGAGGAGGUGACAGUUCAAACAACAAGUCAGGAUCAAGCUGAGUAUCCACCUUCACCCACUGUCUCGUUUCAGUCCUUAGACCUGGGACUCACCAUAACUCCAGAGCCUACUGAACAUUUUAUAACUCAAAAGACUACUGUUUUUCCUCCAAUGUACACUGAUGUGACACUUCCACAACAAGUUUCUGUUCAGCACCUAAAGCCAACUGAAGGCAUAGUUCAACCUCUGGAUCUGGAACUUACCAUAACUCCACAACCUACUCCUGAAGGAGAACUUUCUCAAACUGUGCAGGAGAGCACAACUCAAAAUAAAGAACCUCAUAAAGAGGUUGUAGCUCCAGUCCCUGUAUAUCAGGCAGUAACAGUUCCAACACCAAGUCAGUAUCAAGCUGAGUAUCAAAAAUCAUUGCAGCCGUUAGAUCUAGAACUCACGGUAACUUCAGAGCCUACAAAAGAGGCUUACCAUUCUACAAUUUCUAAGAACUCUCUGGCGAUAAAUCCACAAUAUGUUCACAUUCAGCAUCCAAACCCAGCUGAAGCCACAGUUCAACCUUUGGAUCUGGAACUUACCAUAAGUUCCAGUCUACAACCUACUGCUGAGGGAGAACUUUUAUACAGUAUGCAAGAGACCGUAACUCAGAUUUCAGAACCACCUAAACAGGUUGUAACUCCAGUCCCAGAAUAUCAAGAAGUGGCAGUUCCAGCACCUGUUCAGGAUCAAGCCAAGUAUCCACUUUCAUCCAUUGUCUCAUUGAAUUCCUUGGACCAGGAACUCACUCUAAGUUCAGAGCUCCUUGGAGAGGCUCACCAACUGACAACUCCAGAUGAGACUAUGGUUCUACCGCCAAAGGACCGUCAAGGAAUAUAUCCAGAUCAUGAUCAUCAUAAGCAUUUAAAUCUAACUGAGGUCACCAAUCAACCUUUCCAUUUAGAACAUACUGUUCAGCAUCAACCUACUAUUGAGGAGGAACGUUCACAAAGCAUUCAGAAGAAGACAACACAAAUUACAGAACCAGGCAAAAAAGUUGUACCUCUAGCUCAAGAAAGUGAAGAGGUGACAAUUCCAAUGCCAAUACUAAAAGAAACUGCAUUUCCAACACCUCACAGUAUGGCAUUACAAUCUUUGGAUGAGAAAUUAACAAUACAUUCACAGUCUCCUGGCUGGACUCAACAGCAUGCAAACCUAAAAGAAAGUAAAGGACAUACAACUGGAAAGAUUUUACUUGAUUAUGCAGAACCCAACAUGGAAAUAGAACUUAAACAUCAUGGCCUGUUUCUUCUCAAGACUACAGAAGCUACAACAGAAAGUGAGAACACAAAUCAGAUGACAAAAUCACUGAAACAGGUUACAGCUCAAAACACACAAAAUAAGAAGAGCAUGCUACCAGCUCUAGUUGAGAGUCAAGAUGAGUCUCAACCCCCACCAAAUAUGUCAUUACAGCCUCUGGACCAGGAACUCACCCUAUCUUCUCAACCUCAUGGUUGGGUACCCCACAUUCCAAAUACACCAGAAAAGAUUUACCUUCAUUAUGCUGAACCUCCCACGGGACCAUUUGUUGAACCUCCGGAUCUAUUUUUUCUCAAAACUACAAAAUCUAGGCCUGUGCAGGGGACUGCAACACAGAUGGCCGCAUCACCUAAAGAGAUGGUUUCUCGAGCUCCGGAAAAUAAGGAGGCUGUUCUUUCAGGUCCAGGUGAGGAUCAAGAUGAGUCUCCAUCCCCACCCAAUAUGUCAUUACAAUCUCUGGAUCAGGAACUCACCCUGUCUUCUCAACCUCAUGGUUGGAUUCCCCAUCCUCCAAAUACACAUGGCAAGAUUUACCUUCAUUAUGCUGAACCUCCCACAGGACCAUUUGUUGAACCUCCAGAUCUGUUUUUUCUCAAAACUACAAAAUCUAAACCUGUGGAGUGGACCCUAACACGGACUGACAAAUCACGUAAAGAGAUGGUUUCUCAAAGUCCCAAAUAUGAGGAGGCUGUUUUGCCAGUUCAUGGUGAGGGCCAAGAGGAGUCUAGAUCCCCACCCAAUAUGUCAUUGCAAUCUCUGGAACAGGAACUCACCCUGUCUUCUCAACCUCAUGGUUGGGUUCCCCACCCUCCAAAUACACAUGGCAAGAUUUACCUUCAUUAUGCUGAACCUCCCACAGGACCAUUUGUUGAACCUCCAGAUCUGUUUUUUCUCAAAACUACAAAAUCUAAACCUGUGGAGUGGACCCUAACACGGACUGACAAAUCACGUAAAGAGAUGGUUUCUCAAAGUCCCAAAUAUGAGGAGGCUGUUUUGCCAGUUCAUGGUGAGGGCCAAGAGGAGUCUAGAUCCCCACCCAAUAUGUCAUUGCAAUCUCUGGAACAGGAACUCACCCUGUCUUCUCAACCUCAUGGUUGGGUUCCCCACCCUCCAAAUACACAUGGCAAGAUUUACCUUCAUUAUGCAGAACCUCCCACGGGACCCUUUGUUGAACCUCCAGAUUUGUUUUUUCUCAGAACUACAAAAUCUAAGCCUGUGCAGGGGACUGCAACACGGAUGGUCAAAUCACCUGAAGAGAUGGUUUCUCUAGAUCCGGAAAAUAAGGAGGCUGUUUUUCCAGCACAGGGUGAGGGUAAAGGUGAGUCUCCAUCCUCACCCAAUAUGUCAUUACAAUCCCUGGAUCACGAACUCUUCAUGUCUUCUCAACCUCAUGGUUGGAUUCCCCACCCCCCAAAAACACCAGACAAGAUUUACCUUCAUUAUGCAGAACCUCCCACGGGACCCUUUGUUGAACCUCCAGAUUUGUUUUUUCUCAGAACUACAAAAUCUAAGCCUGUGCAGGGGACCACAACAGAGAUGGCCAAAUCACCUAAAGAGAUGGUUUCUCAAACUCCAGAAUAUAAGGAAGCUGUUCUUUCAGGUCCAGGUGAGGAUCAAGAUGAGUCUCCAUCCCCACCCAAUACGUCACUAAAAUCUCUGGAUCAGGAAGUCGCCAUGUCUUCUCAACCUCAUAGUGGGGUUCCCCACCCUCCAAAGACACCAGGCAAGAUUUACCUUCAUUCUAUAGAACCUCCACCAGGACCCUUUGUUAAACCUACAGAUCUGAUUUUGGUCAAAACUACUACAAAAUCUAAACCUGCGGAGUGGACCCCAAGACGGAUUGACAAAUUACUUAAAGAGAUGGUUCCUCAUAGUCCCGAAUAUGAGGAGGCUGUUUUUCCAGCUCAUGGUGAGGGUCAAGAUGAGUCUGGAUCACCACCCAAUAUGCCUUUACAGCCUCUGGACCAGGAACUCACCCUAUCUUCUCAACCUCAUGGUUGGGUUCCCCACCAUCCAAAUACACCAGGCAAAAUUUACCUUCAUUAUGCAGAACCUCCCACGGGACCAUUUGUUGAACCUCCAGAUUUGUUUUUUCUCAGAACUACAAAAUCUAAGCCUGUGCAGGGGUCCCCAAAAGAGAUAGCCAAAUCACCUAAAGAGAUGGUUUCUCAAACUCCAGAAUAUAAGGAAGCUGUUCUUUCAGGUCCAGGUGAGGAUCAAGAUGAGUCUCCAUCCCCACCCAAUAUGUCACUAAAAUCUCUGGAUCAGGAAGUCACCAUGUCUUCUCAACCUCAUAGUGGGGUUCCCCACCCUCCAAAGACACCAGGCAAGAUUUACCUUCAUUCUAUAGAACCUCCACCAGGACCCUUUGUUAAACCUACAGAUCUGAUUUUGGUCAAAACUACUACAAAAUCUAAACCUGCGGAGUGGACCCCAAGACGGAUUGACAAAUUACUUAAAGAGAUGGUUCCUCAUAGUCCCGAAUAUGAGGAGGCUGUUUUUCCAGCUCAUGGUGAGGGUCAAGAUGAGUCUGGAUCACCACCCAAUAUGCCUUUACAGCCUCUGGACCAGGAACUCACCCUAUCUUCUCAACCUCAUGGUUGGGUUCCCCACCAUCCAAAUACACCAGGCAAAAUUUACCUUCAUUAUGCUGAACCUCCCACGGGACCAUUUGUUGAACCUCCAGAUUUGUUUUUUCUCAGAACUCCAAAAUCUAAGCCUGUGCAGGGGACACCAACACAAAUGGCCAAAUCACCUGAAGAGAUGGUUUCUCUAAGUCCGAAAAAUAAGGAGACUGUUUUUCCAGCACAGGGUAAGGGUCAAGAUGAGUCUCCAUCCCCACCCAAUAUAUCAUUACAAUCCCUGGAUCAGGAAAUCACCAUGUCUUCUCAACCUCAUGGUUGGAUUCCCCACCCUCCAAAUACACAUGGCAAAAUUUACCUUCAUUAUGCAGAACCUCCCACAGGACCCUUUGUUGAACCUCCAGAUCUGUUCUUUCUGAAAACUACAAAAUCUAAGCCUAUGCAGGGGUCCCCAAGGCAGAUUGACAAAUCACCUAAAGAGAUGUUUACUCAAAGUCCUGAAUAUGAGGAGUCUGUUCUUCCAGCUCAUGCUGAGGGUCAAGAGGAAUCUAGAGCCCCCCCACAUUUUUCAUUACAGCCUCUGGAUCAGGAACUCUCCCUGUCUUCUCACCCUCAUGGUUGGAUUCCCCACCAUCCAAAUACACCAGACAAGAUUUACCUUCAUUAUGCAGAACCUCCCACAGGACCCUUUGUUGAACCCCCAGAUCUGUUCUUUCUGAAAACUACAAAAUCUAAGCCUGUGCAGGGGACCGCAACAAAGACUGACAAAUCACCUGAAGAUAGGGUUUCUCAAACUCCAGAAUAUAAGGAAGCUGUUCUUUCAGGUCCAGGUGAGGAUCAAGAUGAGUCCCCAUCCCCACCCAAUAUGUCAUUACAAUCUCUGGAUCAGGAACUCGCCAUAUCUUCUCAACCUCAUGGUUGGAUUCCCCACUCUCCGAAUGCACCAGACAAGAUUUACCUUCAUUAUGCAGAACCUCCCACAGGACCAUUUGUUGAACCUCCCGAUCUGUUCUUUCUGAAAACUACAAAAUCUAAGCCUCUGCAGGGGACCCCAACACAAAUGGCCAAAUCACCUAAAGAGAUGGUUUCUCAAACUCCAGAAUAUAAGGAAGCUGAUCUUUCAGCUCCAGGUGAGAAUCGAGAUGAGUCUCCAUCCUCACCCAAUAUGUCAUUACACCCUCUGGAUCAGGAACUCUCCCUGUCUUCUCAACCUCAUGGUUGGAUUCCCCACCCUCCAAAUACACAUGGCAAGAUUUACCUUCAUUAUGCAGAACCUCCCACAGGACCAUUUGUUGAACCUCCAGAUCUGUUCUUUCUGAAAACUACAAAAUCUAAACCUGUGCAGGGGUCACCAAGCCAGAUUGACAAAUCACCUAAAGAGGUGUUUUCUCAAAGUCCUGAAUCAGAGGAGUCUGUUCUUCCAGCUCAGGCUGAGGGUCAAGAGGAAUCUAGAGCCCCACCACACAUGUCAUUACAACUUCUGGAUCAAAAACUCACCCUGUCUUCUCACCCUCAUGGUUGGAUUCCCCACCAUCCAAAUACACCAGGCAAGAUUUACCUUCAUUAUGCAGAACCUCCCACGGGACCAUUUGUUGAACCUCCAGAUCUGUUCUUUCUGAAAACUACAAAAUCUAAGCCUGUGCAGGGGUCCCCAAGGCAGGUUGACAAAUCACCUAAAGAGAUGUUUACUCAAAGUCCUGAAUAUGAAGAGUCUGUUCUUCCAGCUCAGGCUGAGGGUCAAGAGGAAUCUAGAGCCCCACCACAUAUGUCAUUACAGCCUCUGGAUCAAGACCUCACCCUGUCUUCUCACCCUCAUGGUUGGAUUACCCACCAUCCAAAUACACCAGACAAGAUUUACCUUCAUUAUGCAGAACCUCCCACAGGACCCUUUGUUGAACCUCCAGAUUUGUUUUUUCUCAGAACUACAAAAUCUAAGCCUGCACAGUGGACCCCAACACAGAUGGCCAAAUCACCUGAAGAGAUGGUUUCUCUAAGUCCGGAAAAUAAGGAGACUGUUUUCCCAGCACAGGGUAAGGGUCAAGAGGAGUCUAUAUCCCCACCACAUAUGUCAUUACAGCCUCUGGACCAGGACCUCACCCCGUCUUCUCACCCUCAUGGUUGGAUUCCCCACCAUCCAAAUACACCAGACAAGAUUUACCUUCAUUAUGCAGAACCUCCCACAGGACCCUUUGUUGAACCUCCAGAUCUGUUCUUUCUGAAAACUACAAAAUCUAAGCCUGUGCAGGUGUCCCCAAGGCAGAUUGACAAAUCACCUAAAGAGGUGUUUACUCAAAGUCCUGAAUAUGAAGAGUCUGUUCUUCCAGCUCAGGCUGAGGGUCAAGAGGAAUCUAGAGCCCCCCCACAUAUGUCAUUACAGCCUCUGGAUCAAGACCUCACCCUGUCUUCUCACCCUCAUGGUUGGAUUACCCACCAUCCAAAUACACAUGGCAAGAUUUACCUUCAUUAUGCAGAACCUCCCACAGGACCAUUUGUUGAACCUCCAGAUCUGUUCUUUCUGAAAACCACAAAAUCUAAGCCUGUGCAUGGGUCCCCAAGGCAGAUUGACAAAUCACAUAAAGAGAUGUUUACUCAAAGUCCUGAAUAUGAGGAGUCUGUUCUUCCAGCUCAGGCUGAGGGUCAAGAGGAAUCUAGAGCCCCACCACAUAUGUCAUUACAGCCUCUGGAUCAAGACCUCACCCUGUCUUCUCACCCUCAUGGUUGGAUUCCCCACCAUCCAAAUACACCAGACAAGAUUUACCUUCAUUAUGCAGAACCUCCCACUGGACCAUUUGUUGAACCUCCAGAUCUGUUCUUUCUGAAAACUACAAAAUCUAAGCCUGUGCAGGGGUCCCCAAGACAGAUUGACAAAUCACCUAAAGAGGUGUUUACUCAAAGUCCUGAAUAUGAGGAGUCUGUUCUUCCAGCUCAGGCUGAGGAUCAAGAGGAAUCUAGAGCCCCACCACAUAUGUCAUUACAGCCUCUGGAUCAGGACCUCACCCUGUCUUCUCACCCUCAUGGUUGGAUUCCCCACCAUCCAAAUACACCAGACAAGAUUUACCUUCAUUAUGCAGAACCUCCCACAGGACCCUUUGUUGAACCUCCAGAUCUGUUCUUUCUGAAAACUACAAAAUCUAAGCCUCUGCAGGGGUCCCCAAGGCAGAUUGACAAAUCACCUAAAGAGGUGUUUACUCAAAGUCCUGAAUAUGAAGAGUCUGUUCUUCCAGCUCAGGCUGAGGAUCAAGAGGAAUCUAGAGCCCCACCACAUAUGUCAUUACAGCCUUUGGAUCAGGACCUCACCCUGUCUUCUCACCCUCAUGGUUGGAUUACCCACCAUCCAAAUACACCAGACAAGAUUUACCUUCAUUAUGCAGAACCUCCCACAGGACCCUUUGUUGAACCUCCAGAUCUGUUCUUUCUGAAAACUACAAAAUCUAAGCCUGUGCAUGGGUCCCCAAGGCAGAUUGACAAAUCACCUAAAGAGGUGUUUACUCAAAGUCCUGAAUAUGAAGAGUCUGUUCUUCCAGCUCAGGCUGAGGAUCAAGAGGAAUCUAGAGCCCCACCACAUAUGUCAUUACAGCCUCUGGAUCAGGACCUCACCCUGUCUUCUCACCCUCAUGGUUGGAUUACCCACCAUCCAAAUACACAUGGCAAGAUUUACCUUCAUUAUGCAGAACCUCCCACAGGACCCUUUGUUGAACCUCCAGAUUUGUUUUUUCUCAGAACUACAAAAUCUAAGCCUGUGCAGUGGACCCCAACACAGAUUGACAAAUCACGUGAAGAGAUGGUUUCUCAAAGUCCCGAAAAUGAGGAGGCUGAUAUUCCACGUCAUGGAGAUGGUCAAGAUGAGCUUAGAAACCCCCCCAUUAUAUCCUUACAGCCUCUGGACCAGGAACUCACCCUGUCUUCUCAACCUCAUGGUUGGGUUCCCCACCCUCCAAAUACACCAGACAAGAUUUACCUUCAUUAUGCAGAACCUCCCACAGGACCAUUUGUUGAACCUCCAGAUCUCUUUUUUCUCAGAACUACAAAGUCUAAGCCUGUGCAGGGGACCCCAACACAGUUAGCCAAAUCACCUAAAGAAAUGGUUUUUCAAACUCCAGAAUAUAAGGAAGCUGUUCUUUCAGCUCCAGGUGAGGAUCAAGAUGAGACUCCAUCCUCACCCAAUAUGUCAUUACAAUCUCUUGAUCAGGAACUCACCAUGUCUUCUCAACCUCAUGGUUGGCUUCCCCAUCCUCCAAAUACACAUGGCAAGAUUUACCUUCAUUAUGCAGAUCCUCCCACAGGACCCUUUGUUGAACCUCCAGAUCUGUUUUUUCUCAAAACUACAAAAUCUAAGCCUGUGCAGGGGACUGUAACACAGAUGGACAAAUCACCUAAGCAGGGUCUUCUUCCAGCCCAUGGUGAGGCUCAAGAUGAGUCUAGAUCACCACCCAAUAUGUCAUUACAGCCUGUGGAUCAGGAACUCUCCCUGUCUUCUCAACCUCAUGGUUGGAUUACCCAUCCUCCAAAUACACCAGACAAGAUUUACCUUCAUUAUGCAGAACCUCCCACUGGACCCUUUGUUGAACCUCCCGAUCUGUUCUUUCUGAAAACUACAAAAUCUAAGCCCUUGCUGGGUUCCCCAACACAGAUGGCCAAAUCACCUAAAGAGAUGUUUUCUCAAACUCUAGAGCAUAAGGAAGCUGUUCUGUCAGCUCCAGGUGAAGAUCAAGAUGAGUCUCCAUCCUCAUCCAACAUGUCAUUACAAUCUCUGGAUCAGGACAUUACCCUGUCUCCUCAACAGUAUGGUCGGAUUCCCCACCCUGUAACUUCACCAGGCAAGAUUUACCUUCAUUACGUAGAACAUCCUACUGUACCAUUGUUUCAACAUCCAAAUAUGUUUUCUACAAAAACUACAACAUCAAAGCCUUUGCAGCUGACCCAAACGCAGAUGGCGAAAUCACCUGAAGAGAUAGUUUCUCUACGUCCGGAAUAUAAGGAGGCUAUUCUUCCAGCGCAGGUUGAGAGUCAAGAGGAGUCUGUAUUCCUACCUAAUAUGUCAUUACAAUCUCUGGAUCAGGAACUCACCCUGUCUUCUCAACCUCAUGGUUGGAUUCCCCACCAUCCAAAUACACCAGACAAGAUUUACCUUCAUUAUGCUGAACCUCCCACAGGACCAUUUGUUGAACCUCCAGAUCUGUUUUUUCUCAAAACUACAAAAUCUAAACCUGUUCAGUGGACCCCAACACAGAUUGACAAAUCACUUAAAAAGAUGGUUGCUCAAAGUCCCGAAUAUGAGGAGGCUGUUUUUCCAGCUCAUGGUGAGGGUCAAGAUGAGUCUAGAUACGCACCAAAUAUAUCCUUACAGUCUCUGGACCAUGAUAUCACCCUAUCUUCUCAACCUCAUGGUUGGAUUCCCCACCCUCCAAAUACACCAGACAAGAUUUACCUUCAUUAUGCAGAACCUCCCACGGGACCAUUUGUUGAACCUCCAGAUCUGUUUUUUCUCAAAACUACAAAAUCUAAGCCUGCACAGUGGACCCCAACACCGAUGGCCAAAUCACCUGAAGAGAUGGUUUCUCUAAGUCUGAAAAAUAAGGAGGCUGUUCUUCCAGCUCAGGGUAAAGAUGAAGAGGAGUCUAUAUCCCCCCCCAAUAUGUCAUUACAGCCUCUUGAUCAGGAACUCACCCUAUCUUCUCAACCUCAUGGUUGGGUUCACCACCCUCCAAAUACACAUGGCAAGAUUUACCUUCAUUAUGCAGAACCUCCCACAGGACCCUUUGUUGAACCUCCAGAUCUGUUCUUUCUCAAAACUACAAAAUCUAAGCCUGUGCAGGGGACUAUAACACAGAUGGUCAAAUCACCUAAGCAGGGUCUUCUUCCAGCCCAUGGUGAGGCUCAAGAUGAGUCUAGAUCACCACCCAAUAUGUCAUUACAGCCUGUGGAUCAGGAACUCUCCCUGUCUUCUCAACCCCAUGGUUGGAUUACCCAUCCUCCAAAUACACCAGACAAGAUUUACCUUCAUUAUGCAGAACCUCCCACUGGACCAUUUGUUGAACCUCCAGAUCUAUUUUUUCUAAAGACUACAAAAUCUAAGCCCUUGCUGGGUACCCCAACACAGAUGGCCAAAUCACCUAAAGAGAUGGUUUCUCAAACUCCGGAAUAUAAGGAAGCUGUUCUUUCAGGUGAGGAUCUAGAUGAGUCCACAUCAUCACCCAAUAUGUCAUUACAGCCUCUGGAUCAGGAACUCAGCCUGUCUUCUCAACCUCAUGGUCGGAUUCCCCACCCUGUAACUUCACCAGGCAAGAUUUACCUUCAUUAUGCAGAACCUCCCACAGGACCCUUUGUUGAACCUCCAGAUCUGUUCUUUCUGAAAACUACAAAAUCUAAGCCUGUGCAAGGGACCGCAACACAGAUGGCCAAAUCACCUGAAGAGAUGGUUUCUCUAAGUCUGGAAAAUAAGGAGGCUGUUCUUCCAGCUCAGGGUGAUGGUCUAGAGGAAUCCAUAUUCCCACCCAAUAUGUCAUUACAGCCUCUUGAUCAUGAACUCAUCCUGUCUUCUCAACCUCAUGGUUGGAUUACCCACCCUCCCAAUACACCCAGCAAUAUUUACCUUCAUUAUGCGGAACCUCCGACAGGACCAUUUGUUGAACCUCCAGAUCUGUUUUUUCUCAAAACUACAAAAUCUAAGCCUGUGCAGGGGUCCCCAACACUGAUAGCCAAAUCACCUAGAGAGAUGGUUUCUAGAAGUCCGGAAUAUAAGCAGGCUCUUCUUCCAGGUCAUGGUGAGGGUAAAAAUGAGUCUAGAUCCGCACCUAAUAUGUCAUUACAGCCUCUGGAUCAGGAACUCACCAUGUCCUCUCAACCUUAUGGUUGGAUUCCCCAUCCUCCAAAUACACCAGGCAAGAUUUACCUUCAUUAUGCAGAACCUCCCACCGGACCAUUUGUUGAACCUCCGGAUCUGUUUUUUCUCAAAACUACAAAAUCUAAGCCUGUGCAGUGGACCUCUGCAGAAAUAGCCAAGUUACCUAAAGAGAUUGUUUCUCAAACCCAGAAACAUAAGGAGAGUGUUCUUAGAGCCCCAGUUGAGCAACACAAUAAGUCUCCUUCCCCACCCAAUGUGUCAUUACAACCUCUGGAUCAGGAACUCAGCCUAUUUUCUCAACCUCAUGGUUGGAUUCCUCACUCUCCAAAUACACCAGGCAAGAUUUACCUUCAUUAUGCAGAACCUCCCAAUGGACCAUUUGUUGAACCUCCUGAUCUGUUUUUUCUGAAAACGACUAAAUCUAAGCCUGUGCAGGGAACUCCAACAUAUAUGACCAAGUCACCUCAAGAGAUUGUUUCUCAAAGUCCAGAAGGUAUGGAGGCUGGCCCUCCCACCAAAGUUGAGGUUCAAGAUGAGUCUCCAUCAUCGCCCCAUGCAUCAUUACAGACUUUGGAUCAGGAACUUACCCUAUCUUCUCAACCUCAUGGUUGGAUUCCCCACCCUCCAAAUACAGCCGGAAAGAUUUACCUUCAUUAUGCAGAACCUCCCACAGGACCGUUUGUUGAACCUCCGGAUCUUUUUUUUCUCAAAACUACAAAAUCUAAGCCUGUGCAGGGGACAGCCACUCAGAGUACCCAAUCACCUAAAGAGAUUAUUUCUCCAAGUACUAGAUAUAAGGAGAGUGUUCUUACAGCUGCAGUUGUGGGUCAAGAUGAAUCUCAAUCCCCUCCCAAUAUAUCAUUACAGCCCUUGGAUCAGGAACUCACCUUAUCUUCUCAACCUCAUGUUUUGAUUUCCCACCCUUCAAGUACAAAUGCAAAUACAGGCCACACACUAGGCAAGAUUUACAUGCAUUAUGCAGAACCUCCCAAGGGAAUGUUAGUUGAACCUCCAGAUCUUUUUUUUCUCAAAACUAAAAUACUUAAUAGACCUGUACUGGAGACCCCAACUCAAAUUCCAAAAUCAGCUAAAGAAGUUGUAGCUCACACAGUAGAAAGUGAGAAGGGGGUGCUUCAAGUCCCAAUCAAAGGUCAAGCUGAGUCUCCUCCACCACCCAAUAUGUCUCUACAGCCUUUGAUUCAGGAACUUACCACAUUUUCUCAAUCUCCAAGUUGGACUGACCACCCUCCAAAUUCGAAGGAGACUAAAAAUUAUACACCAGGCAAAAUUUAUCUUCAUUUUGCAGACCCUCCCAUGGGCCUGGUAGUUGAACCUCCUGAUCUGUUUUUUCUCAAAACUACAAAAUCUAAACUUGUGCAGGGGAACCCAACUCAGAUUAAAAAAUCUCCUAAAGAGGUUGCAGCUCACACCGUAGAAUAUAAGGAGGCUGUUCUUCCAGCUCCACUUGAGGGUCAAGACAAGUCUCCCAUACCACCCACUAUGUCAUUACAAUCUUUGGAUGAAGAACUCAUCACACCUUCUCAUUCUCCUGGUGGGACUCACCAUUCUCCAACUCCUAUAGAGACUAAAAGACAUAUGUCAGGGAAGAUUUUUCUUAAUCAUGCAGAACUUCCCAUGAGAAUGGUAGUUGAACCCCUGGAUCUGUUUUUUCUCAAAACUACAGAAUCUAAACCAGUGCAGGAGAUCCCAAUUCAGAUUACGAAGUCACCUAAAAAGGUUGUAGCUCCAAGUGUAGAAUAUAAGCAGUGGGUGCUUCCAGCUCCAGUUGAUGGUCAAGACGAUUCUCCAACUCCACCCAAUGUUUCAUUACUGCCUUUGGAUCAGGAAAUCUCCAUAUCUUCUCCUCCUGGAAGGGCUCAGCAACCUCCAAAUCCAAAGGAAAGUAAAGAACAUGAGCCAGAAGUGGUUUUCUUUCAGCAUCCACACCCUUCAGUGGGAAUGGUAGUUGAACCUCUAGAUCUGUUCUUUCUCAAAACUACAGAAUCUAAACCUGUGCAGGAGUCCCUUGCUCAGAAUACUGAGUCUCCAAAAGAGGUUGUAGUUCAAACUCUAGAAUAUAAAGAGGUAGUGGUUUCAUCUCUAAUUGAGGGUAAUGAUAAAUACCUAACACCCAGUGUUCCAUAUCAACCUUUAAACCUGGAACUUUUUGAAUCUUCUGGCUCUACUACUGAGGCUCAUCAUUCUACCACUUUCAAUGAGACUACAGUUCCUUCUUCAAUUCAUCAAGUCGUAAGUCCACUUUUGCACUCAGAAUUUUCUGUAACUCAACAACCUAAUACAAUGGUUAAACGUUCUGCUCGAAUGAAGGAGACUCCAACUCAGACUUCAGAGAUACCUAUGGAGACCGUAACCCAAUCUGUAGAAUAUUAUUCAUCAACUUCAGUUUAUGUUGAUACUCAGCAUUCAAAUUUAUCAGCUUUGGAAACCGCACAAUCUGACGUCCUGACAACUAUAGCCUCUUUUCCAAAGACUGCACAUCCUGAAGUCCCAAGAACUAUAGCUUCUUAUCCAGAGGCUUCACUUUGUGAAGUCCCAACAACUACAGUUCUUUAUCCAGUGGCCACACAUUUUGGAGUCUCAACAACUAUAACUGCUUCUCCAGAGUUUGCACAUUCUAAAGCCCCAGGGACUACAGCUCCUACUCCAAAAUGCAUAACAGGUCUACCUCCAGAUCAGGCUGAGAGACAUCCAAGCUCAACUGCAGUCACGGUUCAAGUUUUGAAAAUGGAAUCUACCAUAACUCCAUAUUCUGAAAAUUCUAAUACAGAAAAUGAUUUAAGUAUAGAAAAAAAUGCCUACAACUACACCAACAUAUGUGACUUCUGCUUAUGUGAAAAUGAGACACUGUUGUGUGUUCAUCCCAACCCAAUAUGGAGACUCCAGCAAGUGCCUGUGCCAAGGCCCAGCACCUACAAUGACACUUUUGCUAUCUUAAAUUUCAAAGGAAAUGAUAUUUCUUACAUUGACAAAAAUGUAUGGAAGGUAUACCGUUGGACUGAGAAACUAAUUCUCAGUGAAAAUCACCUGACUGAAUUGCAUAAGGAUUCAUUCGAAGGCCUGCUGUCCCUCCAGGUUUUGGAUUUAUCCUGCAAUAAAAUACGCUAUAUUGAAAGAGGGACAUUUGAAUCAUUACCUUUUCUGAAGUAUAUGAACCUUGGGUGCAAUUUACUCACUGAACUGAGCUUUGGAACAUUUCAGGCAUGGCAUGGAAUGCAGUUUUUACAGCAGCUAAUUCUCAGCCGAAAUCCUCUCACUGUUGUUGAAGAUCCCUACUUUUUUAAAUUGCCAGCACUAAAAUAUCUGGACCUGGGGACCACACAGGUGCAACUGACAACAGUUGAGAACAUCCUCAUGAAGACUCUGGAGCUUCAACAUCUGAUCUUACCUAGCCACAUGGCCUGCUGCCUCUGCAAAUUUAAAGCUGAUAUUGAGGUUGUCUGCAAGACAGUCAAAGUGCAUUGUAACACUGGAUGUCUGACAAACACCACACAUUGUCUUGAAGAAGCAUCUAUAAGGAACCCAGAAGGAACAUUCAUGAAGGUGUUGCAGGCCCGGAAGGGGAACACCAGCACUGAACUCACUAUUGAACCAGAAAAGGACAGUUCAGACUAUGCCAAUGAGUCCACUUCCAUGGAGGAAAAGAUAGACUUCGGUGAUGAAAAGGACGUUAUGAGUGCACUAAAUUACAUACUGCCAUACUUCUCAGAGGGAAAUAUGGAAGACGUAAUGUCCUCCAUGUUACCAUACAUUAAACUGCUGUUUUCUCAUGAACAAGAUGCAGGUAAUUCCUUGGGGUCUUCGCAGAAGGACACAGAAAGUGCUCCUGUUACAAGUGGAUCUAAGUCUGGUAACGUCACUUACAAAAAUAAAUUGAAUAAACUUUAUUUUUUAGAGAAUUUGUUAGACACAGAAAUUGAUGAGGUUCAAAAGGAAGAGAAACCUGGGAGACACAAGGCAAAAUCUAAAAAAUUAGGUCCCAAAUUGAAACGAGGAAUAUUUGAAAAGAGGUGGGAACCUGCCCAGGCAGACGAAGACAGUCUUGCAGAGAUCGAGAAGGCAGAGAGAAGGCUCCUCAGCAUGAGCAGGGCCCCUGAGGGGACAGGAAGCUUAAGGAAGAGGCACUUCAAGGAGGUGAGAGUCAAGAGCCUGGGGAGCAAGCAGAGCGCCCAGACACCUGUGGAGAACAGCGCCAAGGACAGGCAGCUCGGGAGCCCAGCCUCAGUGGAGCUGCAGCAGCUCCACCUGGAGCAGAAGCCCAGGGCAUUAGUGGGAAAUUCCUUCCCUUCAGAGCCCUUACUCGCAAAGGAUCAUGGGAAGGAACUCUCUUCCUCCCUAGGACCCGCCCUGGUGGACAAGGCUCCUGCUCCAAAAUCGCUACCUGAGUUCCUAGACAGACGGAAAGACUUGUCUUAUACCAUUUUUGUGUUAGAAAGUGCAAAUGCUAAUGUGAAGAGAGCAAAGGGUUCUAACCCAAAUUUACAACCUGAAGAGAGACGUGGAAACCUUAGGAAGAAAAAAUCUCAUUUCCAGUUGAUUACAAAGAGGCCAGCGGCAGCAUCGUCGGCAGCGAGGAGCCUGGUAAAUUCCCCUGCACAAGGGAUCUUUUCAUCUUUAGGAGACCUGAGUUACCCAGAAGGGCCCUUUUCAGAAUCAUAUACUGCUUCAGAGCUUUCUACAGAAAUACCUCUUGAAGAUCAGGCAGCAACAGAUAAUGUUGAAGAAAAUAUUCUCGAACCAGUUGCCACUAUGCCUGAAGAAACUGCAUCAGAAAUUACAGCCACUGAGAAUCCCGAUGCAGAUUCUAAUGUACUUAUAGCCAGUGUACCCGACUUAAUUCCCACUGUUCAGCAAACCAGUGAGCCAGAGUUACACUUCAUUUUCAGGUCUGACUCACCUCACAACUUCAAAGAAUUUGCUUACCCAUCGCCAAUGUCACCAGAAGAACAGUUUGAAUCUCAUCUAAACCAGCAGCUGGGGACGCUUAUCCCCAAUAACGAUGUGAGAAAGCUCAUCUCCCACGUUAUCAGGACUUUAAAGAUGGACUGUUCUGACCCCCAAGUGCAACUGUCCUGUGCCAAGCUCAUCUCCAGAACAGGCCUCCUGAUGAAGCUUCUCAGUGAGCAGCAAGAUUUCAAGUUGUCCAGGACUGACUGGGAUACAGACCAGUGGAAAACUGAGACCUACGUCAACCAGAGUAGAGGAGCGCAAGGUGAACGGAAGGGUCUGGAACCAGAUCAGCGUGCAAAAGAAGCCUCAGGGUUUGGCUACAACAAGAAAGUCAUCUUGGCAAUAUCUGUGACCGUCGUAGUGAUAAUUUUGAUUAUCGCUUUCUGUCUCAUUGAGGUUUAUUCCCACAGAACAAAAAAGGGAGAUGAAGAAAAGCCCAUGUGGAGUGAGAAAAACUACAGACAAACGAAGAGUGAGGAAAAAAUUAUCUGGUUAAGGUGGCCACUGUGGCUUAGAAAUAUAUUAAAACAAGACACGUCCAAGAAAAGUGGGUAUGAGUUACAGGGUGAUACAUCUUUGGCAGAGAAGACGGAUGUUCAGGAUGAAUCAUGGGAGGUCGACAAAGAAGGCCCAGUGGAACCAAAAGAUACUGAAGAGGAGGCGCCUGAAACAUUGGAAGACGCAAAAUGAUCAGCUAUAGUUUAUUAAUAAAUUAUUUUUUGUAGAUUUGUGUCAAAGGCCUUUGUGAAGACAUGAAAAUUAAUGCACAGCAAAUAAAAUUGUGGGCCAGUAAGAUGGCUCCUCCUCACCGUGUGAAA